AUGGGUGGUGGGGUUGUGGCGCAGGCAUGGGGUUCCACAGGCCAAUCCGAAGAGCCGCCCGCCCAGUCUUUGUGCCAAACUGCUGUGGCUGGUUCGCGUCCACGACGCUCGGCCUUACCAGGCUCUUUCAAGGGCACCUCCCUGCAUGCAAACGGGGUUGCAGGGAAUGGCUCCGAUUCCGAGGUUUUCUUCAACACCCUUCUCUCUCAGCUGGUGCUGCGUGAGAUUACCCUGCUGACGUGGGGCCUUCGGGUAGCUUUCCCACAAACCACCGUCGCUGCACUGCCACAUGGUCCGUCCGGCAACGUGCGCAUCCAUGAGGUCAGGGGCAACUACCCCAUCCCAAGGCAUCGUGCGUCCUCAACGAGUUCACAUCUUACCAAAGCACUUUCAAGCCUUAUGAUAUCCAUCGACCGCGUUUUUAUUGAUUUUCCAUUUGCUGAGAAAAAGUUUCGACCUGGUGGACUAUGUCUUCGACCGUUACUCCAUCGCGAAGCUGGAUUCAUUAGGAACGCUAUUUACAAGCUGUUCAUUCCGAGAGGGGGCUCAGGGCUUAAAAUCACCGGACACUCUAUGGAAAUGUCUGCACCGCCGAGGAUAAGCUUUCUGCUUGAGAUUUCUGAGCACGGGCGGCCUGUCCUUUCCACGCCACAGAAUAUAUUCGUUCCUUUAUCACAAUGCCAUCCAAGAUUUCUAUUCCAAGGGAUACCUUUAGGGGCAGCGUCGAAUGUUGGAAUGAAACGCUGGAGCUCUCAAUCACGAGUGGUGGACGAGCCGGAAAGACCUGAGCGACGAGAAAUGGACACUUUGGAGCUCACUUAA